UGUGUGUGUGUGCGCGCUGAGCUGAGCUGCGCUGAGCUCAGUGAGCGCCGGAGAUCUGCAGUGUGCGCUGCUCUGUGCCGGAGCAGAGGACGCGCGACACUUUGCUUGGCGGGUGGAUUUGAUCACGGUCUCGAGGAAGAGUCGCUUCUCCCUGCGCUGCUGUUGGAUUGUACUCUGCGGUAGACCUGCAGGUGGUGAAUCCUCGACCAGCUCGGACAUGGCCAAGAUAAGAAUGGAGAGCGUUGUACGGAGUUGGAUGUUGACACUUGUAGUGCUGUGUAAUCUAACAAAGGCGAGUAUGGAGGUCAACGAAACCCAACACCAGCAUCCAACCAACGUCUACCACGACAUUGGAGUAACCAGGAACAAGAUCGUAACUGCACAGUUCGAGUGCUAUCAAAAAAUAAUGCAGGAUAACAUCCACGACACACAGGAGCCCAUGUGUAACCGUACCUGGGAUGGCUGGCUGUGCUGGGACGACACUCAGGCCGGAAUUAUCUCAGAGCAGCCCUGCCCGGACUACUUCCAGGACUUUGAUCCCUCUGAGAUGGUUUCAAAGAUCUGCACUGACAACGGCCAUUGGUUCCUGCAUCCUAAGAGCAAUCGGACAUGGACCAACUACACCCGCUGCAAUGAACACACCAAUGAAGUUAGAGUGACUGCGAUGAAUCAUUUCUACUUAGCCCUCAUUGGACAUGGACUGUCACUGACGUCGCUCUUCAUCUCCCUGGCAAUAUUCUUCCACUUCAAGAGUUUAAGUUGCCAAAGGAUCACCCUUCACAAAAACCUCUUCUUCUCCUUUGUUCUCAACUCUGUGAUCACCAUCAUUUUGUUGACUGCAGUGGCAAACAACCAGGAGCUGGUACAGAGGAAUCCAACGAGCUGUAAAGUGUCCCAAUUCAUUCAUCUCUACCUGUUUGGCUGCAACUACUUCUGGAUGCUGUGUGAGGGAAUUUACCUGCACACUCUCAUCGUGGUGGCCGUGUUUGCCGAGAAGCAGCACCUCAUGUGGUACUAUCUUCUUGGCUGGGGCUUUCCUCUCAUUCCCGCAACCAUACACGCCGUCGCUCGAAGUUACUACUACAAUGACAGCUGUUGGAUCAGCUCCAAAACGUCACUUCUCUACAUCAUCCAUGGUCCAAUCUGUGCUGCUCUUUUGGUGAACUUGUUUUUUCUGCUCAACAUCGUGCGAGUGCUCAUCACCAAACUGAAGGUGACCCAUCAGGCCGAGUCGAGUCUCUACAUGAAAGCAGUGAGAGCCACGCUUAUUCUGGUGCCACUGCUGGGGAUUCAGUACGUGCUGCUUCCCUACAAGCCGGAGGGACGCGUCUCCUCUGAAAUAUACGACUACAUCAUGCACAUACUCAUGCAUUACCAGGGUCUGCUGGUGGCCACGAUCUUCUGCUUUUUCAAUGGAGAAGUCCAGGCAGUUCUGAGGAGAUACUGGAACCAAUAUCAGAUCCAGUUUGGAAGCAGCGUAGGAAACCACUCCGACGCCCUGCGCUCGGCCUCCUACACAGCGUCCUCCAUCACGGAGGUGCAGGGCUGCUACAGCAUCGACGGCCACACAGAACACAUGAACGGCAAGGGCUGCCACGACGCAGACGCCUCCAUCUUAAAAUCAGACAGUCCCUUCGCCUGACAGCAGCACACUGCUCAAACUCUGCCCAUCCUAUCCCACCCAUGAAAAAAAUGCUUUGAGCAACCACCGGGGGAAAUUCGCCUCUACCUAUAAGACACAAUGUCAAAAAGAAACGAGAGAGGAAAAUGUCUACAAAGCCAGACUCUCACCCAACUCAAGGAAACGGUCACCUCUCGGUCACUCUGCCCUUUAACUGUACUGGGAGGUGAGCUCUGUACAGCUAACCCUGCACUGUCUUUUGUCUACAACUGAUCUGUUUCACUUGGACUAAGAUGAUCACAAUUUUGUCACGGCCUGUCUUUGUGUGACAGAAUUGAAAUGGAUGGAGUGUUUUUUUUGGAUUCAUUACACUGUUAAUUGUUUUUUUUUCUUUUUUUAUAUGACAUGGUUUAGUGCCAAACCAAGAAAUCCUGCCUGGCUCUUUUUUCUUUUUUCAAUUAUUGUUACAGAAAAAUGAGACAGGUGCAUAAUAAUAUAUAAAUGCUAUAUUCUAUCUAUCACAUGUUCAAGUUAAUUUAUCUAGAUGUAUCCUUGUCGACUGAGUAAAAAAAUAGAAUCAAUACCACACAGUAUUUAUUUAAGUCACCACAUCAAGUUGAGCUUAAUUCUCUCAAAAAAAAAUCUGUGGAUUAAAUAUCAUUAUGUGAGUGUUGCAGGCUUGAUAUAGACUUUCAAUUUAGCAUUUAUGUGUUUGUUAGUGUUUGUUUGUUCACGUGCAGUUAAUGGUAUGAAUCACGCCAUUAGCACGCAUGCUUCAUUUGUAGAGAUUUAGACAUUUCAUAAUGCUAACUUUUUUCAGCGCGUUUACUGUAAGUGAUCCUUCUUGACGUGUGUAUUCUUAGUAAAAAACCACAUGGUCGGUCGUAAUGGAGCUUGUCAGCACAAUAGCAUCACCUCACCGAGAAGCCAUCUUGAAGUCACAUGUACUUCGAUAUCUACUCAUUAUACUUGAAUGUAACCGUUUUAAAGACCUGGCUCUGCUGAACAUAAACACAUCACAUUCCUAUACACGACUGUCUUUAGCCUUAUUCUUCUUAUUCUUCUCAAACGAUGGAGAUAGAACGGAAAUGUAAGUAUGAACGGGGGAUUCAGGCCAAAAACAGCACAGUGUCAACAAAGUAGCAUUAAGACAGUGACCGAGAUGCACACUGAAACGGAGGAAGUUAAAUGGUACUCAGCCAUGAUUCUUUUUAACCGUGAACGGUCAAGAUGGCUGUCCUUUUUUAUGAUUACUUUUCCGAUUUUAUAUCCUGAUAUCCAUGACAAAAAAAUUACUUUUAAGGUGUAGGUAGCCCUCAAAAUGCUGAAAUAAACAAUCAAUUAAUUCUGUUUUGCAUGGAAUGCUUGACUGGCGUACCAGUCAGUCACUAAAGCCUCUUUCCCACUCAACUUAGCGGGUACACCUGAGACUUUUAAACCAGUUUGAAGCUGUUAAAGAACAGUUAACACAAUUUCCUGUGCCAGUACAGAUACUAAGUGCAGUCUCAACUUACAAGAAGUAAGCAUCUCUGGCAAGAAUAGAGCAGAGCAAAGAAGGAAUUAGCUUGUCCACUCGGGUCUUCAAUUCCCGAUCAGAGCUGGAGCCGAGAAAAACCUGCAUGCAUUGCAGAGUCACUCAACACCAGAGUGAAUGCAGUUCAACUACGUUCCCAUAGUGGUGACCAGUGGGAGGACGAUAUCAUCUAUGUGCUCUGGGUCAGGCUUUCAUUUCGACUGGGAACAGUGUCUGUGCCCGAUGGCCGCGUCAGGGAGAUUAGUAGUGUGAUGUUGUACUGGUGCAAACGUGACAUAAAAAAGCAACUCUUGUUUUUUUUCCCUGACCCGUUUGUGGCUGUUGUAUGAGAAAAGACUGCAGGCGUUGAAGAAGCCCCGGUCGCAAGGAAGUGACAUUUUUUUGUUGCCCAAUCAGCAGACUGACGUGGGUGGUCUAGCAAAACCCGCCCGGAUCGUAUGUGCCAUUUUACUCUGGUACUUCAAGGGAAGGCCAAAGAAUACAAUGGUUGGGGCUGGUUAUUUUGGUGCCAUUCCUAAUGGAAAAGUAAAAAAAAAAAAAUAGUUACCGUACCAAAUUGAACCGUUCCACAGCACGUGGGGAACAACCUCGAGAGUUUUAUCAAGAAUGUCAACAGGAAAGCUAUUAAUAGAUUAGAUCGUCCAAUGUGCAGUGAUUUUAUCUUGCAGCAAAAUCAUGUACCAGGAGGUCAGUAAAUUUGGCAGAAGAACUAAAUGAUAUGAUUUUGACUAACACAGACUUGCCUCAUUAUAGGCUUCAGCUAAGGUCUUCUUUUUGCUCCUGAUCUUUCACUGUGUAGCACAACAGAAGUCAAGUACGAAGACAAUGAAAAAUGUGUUGACACACUCUUGAACUUGGUAAUUACAAGACAAACAAACGUGGAAAACUUUCAUUGUACUUGGCAUGGAUAGGGUCAAAUUUAACUUUUUUUCAGUUCUGUAUAAAGUUUUUAUUUUAUACCAGAGAGUCCUCUGGCUCAGUGACCCCUGCUACAAAGCAGUGGCCCCAUUCAAAUGAAUGAAAGCUGCCUUUUUUCACACAGUGCUAAUAUCAGUCGGAAGACAGCCUUACUCCACAGUUUCAUGAUGUGCAAAAAAAUAAACAUAAAAAGGGAACUAAAUAUGCGUCAUAAAGCAUUUACACUGCCCUUUCGCACAACUCAUUUCACCCACUCAAAUACCCAAAGUUUUUUUUUUUAUUUCAGAGAAUCUUUAACACAUCUUGUCCACACUAUGUUGGGAACAUACGUCACUAUCAGCUGAUGUAAAUAACUUUGUAAAUCUAGCAGAACAUGUGCAUGAAUUAUACAGUAUUUAUGAGCAAAAAAUCAUUGUAUACUGCAUUCAAACAUGAAGUGACCAUCUUAUUUGACAGUGAGUGGUGCGCUGAUAAAGAAGUUGUUUGUUCUACUUUUGUGUUUUAAAAAGGGGAGGGGAGGGAAUUGGGCAGGCAUUACGAGCCUAGCGCUUUCAACAACCUUUUUUAUUUGUCCCCGUUUUAUUUGUCAUCAUCAUCAUCACCUUCUUUGCUGUGUUCUGUCAGCUUUCUAUCUUGCCUGUAAUUGAGAGUGAGGAAAGAUAAGUGCAGCCACCUUCUGUGUGUGUUAUUCAUGCCACAAGGUAUAAAUCUGCUUUGAACACUGAAAAAUAUGGCUCAGAAUAACAUAUAUUAUCAUUAUAAGUUACUUUGUGGAAUAUUUUGUCAAUUCGAUUGUCAGAAAACGGUUGAAAAAUGUAAACCUUAAACUGACAACAUCCUCAAAUUUUCAGUUUAUUGUCUUAAAGAGAAAAUAGAUGACAUUAUUUACAUUAUUAAGUGAGAAAAACUAACAAAGUUGUUAUAGUAUAGUAAAUAUAGUAUUUUAGUAGUUGUUUAAAAGUACAUCGAACUGUUGCAGGCCGGAUGAAAACAAAUACGUCCUGUUAAAACCUUUAAAGACCCCUCACUGUUGACAAUUUAUUAUUAGGGAAAGUAUAUAUUAAUUCUCUCAACACUGAACUGUGAUGACAUAAAACAUGUUUUAUAUACAUUAUUUGCAUCUAUGUGAACAUGUUCUUGGAGGCUUAUUUCAAGUAGAGAUUUAGACACAGUAGUCAAAUAAACCUGCACUAUCA